ACCCCCCCUUCCCCUCCCUGAUCCCUGAUCUCCCCCUUUCCCCCUUCAACCAUGCUAGCUCAAGUGAUACCAGAGAAAACCCUUCAAGUUCAAGGGAUUGAUCAUGUCAUAGGCAAGGAUAACUCCUCAUCUCUCUCAUAUAAAAGGUUGGAGGGAAAAGUUGCGAUUAUAACAGGCGGUGCAAGAGGGAUUGGAGAGGCCACUGUGAAACUCUUUGUGAGGCAUGGAGCCAAGGUAGUGAUUGCUGAUAUUGAGGAUGCUAAUGGUAUUGCUUUAGCUGAAUCCUUAUCUCCUUCAGCAGUUUAUGUACGUUGUGAUGUGUGUUUAGAAGAAGAAAUAGAAAGUCUAAUCAACCUAACAAUUUCUCAAUACGGCCGGCUGGACAUUCUUUUCAACAAUGCUGGAGUUCUUGGCAAUCAAUCAAAGCACAAAAGCAUUAUCAACUUUGAUGCUGAUGAGUUUGAUAAUAUCAUGAGAAUCAAUGUUAGAGGAGCUGCCCUUGGCAUGAAACAUGCAGCAAGAGUCAUGGUGCCUCGACGAAGUGGCUGCGUCAUUUCCACAGCUAGUGUAGCUGGUAUAAUUGGAGGGCUUGGACCUCAUGCAUAUACAGCUUCAAAACAUGCUAUUGUAGGGUUAACGAAGAACACAGCUUGUGAAUUAGGCAGAUAUGGGAUUAGGGUUAAUUGUAUAUCUCCUUUUGGGGUGGCUACUUCCAUGCUUGUUAAUGCAUGGAGGGGUUGCGAGGAAGAUGGAGAUGAUGAUGAGAAAUGCAUGGAUUUUGGUGCUCCAAGCGAGGAAGAAAUGGAGAAGAUAGAGGAACUUGUGAGAGGGCUUGGAAAUCUAAAGGGAACAACACUAAAAGCUAAGGAUAUUGCCGAGGCUGCUCUUUAUCUUGCUAGUGAUGAAUCCAAAUAUGUAAGUGGUCACAAUCUUGUUGUAGAUGGUGGUUUUACUACCUUCAACAAUGGUGUAGGGCUGUAGCCAUGGUUUCCAGAUUAUUUGCGAGUCUAUAUUUUGUUGAAAGUCAAUGCAGAAGAAAAAGAAGAAUUGAGGAAGGAGAAUGGAAUCUUUAUAUUAUAAUGUUAA